AACAAGCAUGUCCAUUCUGCGGUACCUCUAUCUAAAGCUCGCAGCGGCCAUCAUCCGCUCGCUCGCCCGGUUACCCGGCCGAAUCUUGUCUUACCCGGACGCCGUGCGCCACAUCCCCUCGCGGGAUCCCCAGCGCACCAUCAAGGCGCACCUGUACCACUCAACAGACAAGGACCAUCCCAAGCCCGUUCUGCUCAACUUCCAUGGAAGCGGAUUCAUGAUCCCCGCCCAUGGCUCCGACGACGCAUAUUGUCGCCAGUUAAGCCGCGAGGCAGGGUAUACCGUCCUAGACGUCCAGUACCGAUUAGCGCCCGAACACCCCUUCCCGGCCGCAAUUGAGGACGUCCAGGAUGUCGUGCGCUGGGUGCUAAAUCAACCAGAGGUCUUCGAUCUUUCCCGCGUGUCCAUCUCCGGCUUCAGCGCGGGCGCAAACCUCGCCCUCGUGGCGAGCUCCUCCUUGUUCCCCCCAGGCACAUUCCGCUCCGUCCUCGCCUUCUACCCCAGUGUUGCGGCCUUUAUCGACCCGUAUACCCUGGUGGCACCUGAGAAGGGCGGACGUCCCAUCCCGGCAUUUGUGCUCCGCCUGUUCAGACAGAGUUACGUGCAGUCGCCGAAGUUCAGCCUGCGGGAUCCGCGCAUUGCGCCGAGUCUUGCGGAGCCGAGUCGCUUUCCCAAGAAUGUUCUGUUUAUUACGGCGGGGUAUGAUACGCUCGCGCUUGAGGCUGAGAAGUUUGCACAGAGACUCGAUGAGGAUCCGGGGCGGCGUGUUGUGCAUGAGCGCAUGGAUAAGUGUGACCAUGCUUGGGAUAAGCUUGCCAGAGAGGGAACGCAGGGGUGGGAGAUGAAGGAAAGGGCUUAUCGUCUAGCUGUGGAGAUGUUGGAUAGCUGAUUUCUUUGCUUGCGGCCUGGUACUUGUGUUCCUAUCACUGGAGUGGCAUAAUUAGGUAGACUGGCGAACGCGAAUUGUACAUACUUUUAUGGAACCGUAGACCUUUUACCGUCUGAAUUACAACUCUUCAUCAACAACCAUCCGUCAUCCAAUCAAGCAUUAUCACCAAAGGUCUUAUUCUAUCAAUAUUCAGUCAAGAAGUCAUUCCGGAAGACGGCUAAUAGCACUGGUGAGCUUUUU